CGGAGGUAUCCAUGGUUGCGAAUCUCAGACAGAAACUCGAAAAAUCUUCGUGUUUCUCCUUGCAGGUCAAACCUAUCAGACCAGACAGAUAGUUCACACUUGAAGCAUGUCUGGGUUCUUGCAGAAUUUGGAAGUUUGAAGCUCUCUCUUAAAGAUAGGACCGUCGUUUUGGCCCUUGCACGAGUGGAUUUGCUGGCUUUUUUUGGUUAUUCUGUUUCUUCACAUGCUUAGACCAACAAAGUAAUGCUGGCAGUAUGGGAAAGAAAGGAAGUUGGUUUUCUGCAAUUAAAAGGGUUUUCAUACCACACUCCAAGGAAAAGCUAAGUAAUGAAUCGGAUAAACGAAGUGGUAAAGAAAAGAAGAAGAAAGGCCUAGGAAAAUUAAGGCAUGGAGAAACCAAUUCCUUUAUUCCCCUCUUUAGAGAACCCAGCAGUAUUGAGAAAAUUCUUGGGGAGGCUGAAAGAGAGCAUAAACUAGUAUUCAGGCCUCCAACACCUCCAGAGCAGCCAACGACACCACCUUUUGUGCCUCAUAAAGAUGCUUCUCCAAGAGUUCCUUCACAGAGGAUUGCCUCUCCUAGGAUUGCUUCCCCGAGGGCUGCUUCUCCAAGAACCGUUUCCCCUCCACGAGCUGCUUCUCCAAGAGCUGCUCCACCUAAGGUCGUCCGUCCUCGACCAGAACCAACUUUAAGGAAUCAUCAUGCUUCUGCUACGAAAAUUCAAGCAGCCUAUAGAGGUUAUAUGGCGAGGAGAAGUUUUCGAGCUUGGAAAGGCCUUGUGAGGCUUCAAGGAGUUGUUAGAGGUCAAAACGUGAAACGUCAAACUUCAACUGCAAUGAAACGUAUGCAGCUUUUGGUGCGAAUACAGUCUCAGAUUCAGUCACGCCGGAUCCAGAUGUUAGAAAACCAAGCACGACAAGAGGUUCAUUUUAAGAAUGAUAAAGAAGUGGAGAGUACCUUGGGUAAAUUGGCCUUCAGUCAGGCAUCCGAGGCAGGCAAUGAAGACUGGGAUGAUAGUGUGCUACCAAAAGAAGAAAUCGAGGCAAGAAUGCAGAGGAAGGUAGAGGCAGUCAUCAAGAGAGAGAGAGCCAUGGCCUAUGCAUAUUCCCACCAGCUAUGGAAAACUACUCCAAAACCAGUUCACGCAGACAUUCGCACUCGUGGAUUUCCAUGGUGGUGGAACUGGUUAGAACGUCAGCUAUCUUCUAGCAACACUCCUGAAAGCCAAGGCAUUAAGAAUUUCCCGCUUACACCACCAAGGCCAAAUUCCGAAUUGAAGCCUAGUCCAAAACCGCCAUUGAGCAGCAAGCAACAUCAAUUUAUGUUUGACAAUAUGGACACUCCAACACCGAAAUCUACAAGAUCAACUACACGACCUAUGCAAACUCCACCUAGUAGAAUCCUACAAGGAAGCAGUUCAGGAUUGUCAAAAUAUUCAAGACCGAGAGCUAGUGGAGCGGAUUCGCCAUUCGACUUGCCCUUGAAGGAUGAUGACAGCCUUACUAGCUGCCCACCAUUUUCAGUUCCAAAUUACAUGACACCAACAGUUUCAGCGAAGGCCAAAGCAAGAGCCAACAGCAAUCUGAAGGAGAUGUUCAUGGGGACUCCAGGAAGCGAGUCAUCGAAGAGGCGGGUUUCAUUCCCUUUGACACAAGGGAUAGGAUCAUUCAAGUGGAGCAAAGGGUCUUUGUUUUCAGGCAAGGAUUCAAGCUCUCAAAAGGGUUUAGAUAAGAACCAAUCGCUUCAAUCUAUAGGUAAUUUGAGUGUGGAUUCAACCGUUUCAAUGCCUGCUACGGUUGGAAGAAAGCCAUUUAACCGAUUUGUGUGAUCUUCUAUUGUUCCUUAUUUUUUAACCUUUGAUUUCUUCAUUUUGGUGUUUAUCUGAGUGUAUGGUGCUAUGUUGAGUUGCACAAUUUACUGGUUGUAAGAUAAAAAUAAAAAAUAAAAAAAAAAAAACCCUAUAGGAAAUGAUGGUUUCAAUGUAACACGAUUUGGGGUUUGGUAAGCUAUUAUAGUAAUUUUUUUUAA